AUGGAUUCCGUAAUUACAACUUUUCGCAUUUUCAUCCAUUAUCCAGUUACUUGCAUUUUUUUUUCAUCCCUGUCCUUCGUCUCCUUCCCCUGCCAUUUCUUUUCACGUUCAAUUCUUUCGCCACUUUUACAACGACAAUCUUCCACCUCUUUGACUUGCUUCAAAAGGCUUCAGAUCCGGACCCUGAAUUUUCCUCCAACACUAUGUAGAGUUGCUUCAAGUCCUUGUCCCCCCGUUCAUUCUUAUAAUCGUUGCCUACUUUCAUUCUUUCUGUCUUUAUUUCUUUCCUGCUUUUCUUUCUUUCUUUCUUUCUUUCUUUCUUUAUUUAUUUAUUUAUUUAUUUUCCUUCCCUCCUUCCCGCAUUUCUUUCUUUCUUUCUUCUUUUUCCUUCUUUCUUUUUCGUUUUUUAUUUUCCUUCCCCUUUCCACAUUUCUUUCUUUCUUUCUUUCUUUAUUUAUUUAUUUAUUUAUUUUUUCUUUCUUUGUUAUUUAUUUUCCUUCCCUCCUUCCCGCAUUUCUUUCUUUCUUUCUUUCUUUCUUUCUUUCUUUCUCGCUUCUUUUUCUUUCUUUCUUUUUCGUUUUUUAUUUUCUUUCCGCUUUUCUUUCUUUCUUUCUUUAUUUUUCGUUUUUUUAUUUUCCUUCCCCUUUCCGCUUUUCUUUCUUUCUUUCUUUCUUUCUUUCUUUCUUUCUUUCUUUCUUCCCGCUUUUCUAUCUUUCUUUCUUUGGAUGCCGUUUCUACGUAUACAACUCUCCUUCGUCUUUCAUGGCGGCUUCUUCAGUUUUUGGCGCAUUUUCAAAACCAUUCAAUUUUAAUCUCUCGACGAUCGACUACUUUCUAUUUAUCCUUGUUAACCUCUUCCCACCCACAAAUUCCCUUCCUAAAUUCAGUUUUCUUUCUACUUUCGCCUUUAUUCAUUUUUCUCUGAUGUCCGAAACCCGGAAGCCACAAAAAUCUUCACAUUUAUCACUUAAAGAAAACAUGGCAUUAAGCACAAGACCCAACAUAUAUUAG